GAGAGAGAGAGAGAGAGAGAGAGAGAGAGAGAGAGAGAGAAUGAUAGUGUUCUCAGCUGUUAUUUGCCAUCUGUGCCUUUCUUUUGUAAAUGGGUCUUAGGCUAGGUUUGCACUGGGUGUGUUUUAGGUUUGGUCAUGGGGGGCAGCACAGCUGUUGGCCACUUACCUUAAUAAAGGUAGGCUACUAAGUCCUGUCCUGGAGAUGGUCUGACCCCCUGCUGAUCAUCUACACCCUCUAUUGUAUGUGAUUAGACCUGCUGAGUGGAGGGACUGCAUUGUUUAAUCUGGCCUCGUUUCAGAAAGGGAGAGAGAUAGAGGGAGAGGGAGGUAUUAGCUUCCACCUGAUAGGGGUUACAGGCCUCCCUCAGAGUAUCAAGAGAUUAGGUUUGUCUCCCGGUUAGACUCUUCUCCCUCCCGAUCCUUUUCAAUCUAACAGUCUGUAUCUAUUCCAUUUUUUCGGCCUGUUUUGCUCACUCUACCACUUUCUUUUAUCAAUCCUCUCUAUCUCUCUCUCUCUCUCUCUCGCUAUCUCGCUAUCUGAGGUAGAGUUUAGGCUCAGGCCAGCAUGGUCUUUCUAUUACUCCAGCUGAUCAACCGUACAGGCCACUAGACUCUGUCUUUGGUACACGGGUGUAUAUUCAUAUUUCCUAUCAGAGGCAGCAAAAGACGCACAGUUCACACACACACAUCAUACAUCCUGUACGUGUGUGUGUGUUUGUGUGUGUGAGACAGAGAGCCAAUCCCAACUCAUGUAUUAUUGACAUCUGUCCAGUGGUCUCUUUCAGAAGAGGUCAAAAUAAAAAGAAUCCAAGUGCAAUGUGAGGCAGCAGCUCUAACGUUCUUGCAUUGUUGAUACCUGUCUGUAGACUACUGUCUAUAAAGUGGGAGUGAGUGAGUGAGUGAGUUAGUGACCAAACCUGUCCUGAGAUGUUUUCCAUUUAGUGAGUGAUAAGUCCCCGAUGUCUAUGAUGGCCAACACAUUGGAAACUGGACACCUCAUCUAUAAUAGGUGGAGUAUUCGUAUCCUCCCAUCAUCCCUGAUGAGGGCCAUGACAGCAGUCUCCUUCCCGAGGAGUGGAAGUACCUCCCCUUCCUCUGCCUUCCGGAUGGGGCACACAACUUCCAAGAAGACACCGUUUACUUUCAUUUACCACCCCUGGAUGGAGAGAUGAAAUGUGUCUAUGGUGUUUCCUGUUACAGACAGAUAGAGGCCAAGGCUCUUAAGGUGCGGCUGGCAGAUGUUACCAGGGAAACGGUGCAGAAGAGUGUGUGUGUCCUCAGUCGAGUGCCUUUGUAUGGCCUCCUCCAGGCCAAGUUACAGCUUAUUACUCACGCUUACUUCGAGGAAAAAGAUUUCUCCCAGAUAUCCAUUUUAAAGGAACUGUAUGAACACAUGAAUGGCUCUUUACGAGGCUCGUCUCUGGAUGGAUCACAGGUGUACUUGGGACUGUCUCCAAGAGAUUUAAUAUUGCACUUUCGACACAAGGUCCUCAUUCUCUUUAAACUUAUUCUCCUAGAGAAGAAGGUCCUGUUCUAUGUGUCUCCAGUGAACAGACUUGUUGGCGCCCUAAUGACUGUGUUGUCCCUUUUCCCGGGCAUGAUUGAGCAUGGCCUGGCCGACUCCUCCCACUACAGGCCAAAGAGCAGCGUGUCUGAAGAGCUGCCCCCGGUCAUCGAGGUAGUACCAGGCGCUGAGGAGUUUGUGUCUGUGUCGGUCACAGAUAUCGCCAAUGCCACACGCGAGCUGGAGGGGGCCACAGACACCCCGAAAGCCACACCCUCCCCUGGCAGCCCCGUCAGGGAGGACCCCCAUCUCCUGAAACCGCCCCAGCGCACCUCGCCGGACUCGUCCGAGAGCGACUGGGAGACGCUGGACCCCAGUGUGCUGGAGGAGGCGCAGCAGAAGGAGGAAGAGGAGGAGGCCGGUGGGGGGUCGGGGCCAGACAUUAGGGAGAAGGACUCAGAGGCCUUUGAGCCCAGCUUGCCCAUCACGGUGCAGCCACAGUCGAAUGCAGGCGGGCAGGGCGUGAUCACCCAGGGGCUGCUGUCUGGUUUGGAAGAGGACCAGCAUGGCCUGCCUCUCGCCAUAUUUACUAAGGGUUACCUGUGCUUGCCGUACAUGGCCCUACAGCAGCACCAUCUGCUCUCAGAUGUGACGGUGCGGGGCUUUGUUGCUGGGGCAACCAACAUCCUCUUUCGUCAGCAGAGGCACCUGAGUGACGCCAUAGUAGAUGUGGAGGAGGCCCGGAUCCAGAUCCAGGACCCGGAGCUGAGGCGGCUACUGAGUCUGACCACAGCUGACUUGCGCUUCGCAGACUACCUGGUCAAGCAUGUGACCGAGAACCGCGAGGACGUCUUCCUGGAUGGGACCGGCUGGGAGGGAGGCGAUGAGUGGAUCAGAGCGCAGUUCAACCUUUAUGUGCUCUCUCUGCUUUCCUCCACACUACAGCAAGAUAAUGAGAAGCUGUUGGCUGAUUAUGGAGCUCCAUUCGUCUCAGCCUGGAGGAUCACACACAACUUCAGAGUGUGGUACAGCAACAAGCACCCAGCCAUGACUGAGAUUACACCUGGCCAUCCUUUCCUUGGUCAGUACGGUGUGGCGGACAUGAAGCUGCGUCUCUCACACUCUGUGCAAAAUAGUGAGCGCGGGAAAAAGAUUGGCAAUGCUGUGAUGACCACCAGCCGGAGUGUGGUUCAAACGGGGAAGGCUGUAGGUCAGUCUGUAGGGGAUGCCCUGACCAGUGCAAAGUCAGCCAUGUCAUCGUGGUUCUCCACCUUGGCCCAGCCAGCUGCUGUGACCUCCCCAACCUGUCCUGAGACCCAUGUACCCGAUGAGUGACACCCACACCUCCUCAUGAACUAUGAUAAACCUUCAUCAUGUAAGCAAACCAGAUACAGAGGCAAUCCAGGGACACUGAUCACCCCUCCUGCCACAUAUCCUUGGAUUGUUUAAGAUAACUUAAGGUUGGUUCAUGGUUCAGGUAGCACUGAUGUUCUACCACGAUUGGAUUCUUGGUAUUCCAACCAUCGUUUGCCUCCAUGCUAUCCAUGGCUCACUUGAACUUCAGCUUCAGGAUGAACUUGAUACAUCAGGCACUGUCAACCAUGGACUUCACGGUCAAGACAGCAAAAUGCCAUCUCCACACUAGCGUACAUUUAGAUCUCUUAUCUUCAUUUGUUACCACUGACCAGAACUGGCCAAGCAUCUUACACCAAUCUUCCCAGUGUCUUAGUUGUUUCUUUUGAUCAAACACUGCAGACACUAAUCCCUUAUCCGUUAAUAUUUCCUGAACAUAAUCUGAAUGGAGUCGAUUGGAGGGUGAUCAUGAAGGAUCCAAGUCCAGGUGUUCUGGGAGUACAGUAUGUUUAUGUUUGUUUAUGUAUCUCUGUGUGUGUAUACAUAUAUAUGUUUGUAUGUGUGUGUGUGUUUGUUUGUGUGUGUUAAGAGUGUGGUGGGUGCUUGUGUGUCAAAGCUGUCGCUGCAGGGAGUGAAACAUCCACGUGAACACUGCUGUAGGCCAGAAUAGCUGGCUUUAUUUUAGUAUCUUAUGAACCGAACGGGAUUUUUUCUGCUGCUGAAGAUUUGGUGGUUAUGUGAGUUUCAACUAAGAGAUUCCCUUGCCCAUGUAAUAGAUCCUGCUAUAGCUGCUAGCUGGGGUCUUAUAUCACUAUAGAACGGCCUCUUAUGGCAUUGACCGUAUAUAGUAGCUUUUACGAGGUUGCUGUCCAACAAGAGGCCAUUGGGAGAGAUGUCAAACUGGGUAAUAUCAUUCUGAGUUCAAGACCGUCUAGUAUGGCAUCGGACUAAAUGACCCAUGGCCCAUUAUUAACUGUUGCAGUUACAUGUAUCUCUUGGUAGCCCAAUAUCCCUCUAAAAGGGGAUGAUCACAGGACAUCCACAGGGUUUAUGGAUCCUCUCAGCAGUGAAGUGGUUGAUUUCAUUCUAGUUUAAGGGUUAUUUACCUGGACCUCUUCAUGAUAAUGCUGCCAGUCUUUGAGCUGUCACAUCAAUUUGAUGAGAUCUCAGUCUAUUAUAGGUAUUACUUGCAGUCUGCCCUGAUAUAGACUGUCCUAUCGGAGGUUUUCUACUCUGUUGAUGUUCAGGUUUGACCUUUGGCAUCAGAGGUAGAUUGGAUAACAUUCAAAUGUAUGCAUUAGCAUGUGCCUGAGGGUCAACCCUUCCCCAUGUCCUCCAUUGCCUACUGUAUUUUUGAGACUGUACAGAAAUCUUAUACUUUAAUGAAGGACUAAAUGUAAAACAAUGGACGUCUUAGACUGAGAGUGCAGACUAUGUAAUGCGUUGACCUAUUAUUAUAUUUGCUUUUUAUUUGCAUGGGUGUUUUGCAAUACACCCAUUUAAACUGUAAAUUGUUUUGGUGAGAAUGCUGAAUAGACCUAAAUUAACUGAAAUUGAGGAUGUCUUAGGUUUAUGUAUUUUCUAUUAAUUUAAUUGAGGACAUCCAAUGCUCUCCUUUUUAUCAUGUUUUCCCCAAUAUCACUAUUGCACACAAAGCUGCAUUAGCUGUUUUAUCUGAUAAAAGUAUUUACGUGUGUAUGUAUAAAAUAUGAAUGUAUUCCUUUUCCAACGAGAGCUGUAUAAUUCUCAACCUAUUUUCCUGAUAAAUGCUUUUAAAGUCAAGAGAAAACAAGUAGAAUUAAGACAAUAAUAUUGAUGUAAUAAACAGGAAUAAAUCUA